AUGCCUUUACCGAAAAGUUGGAAAACAACCAAAAAAAAACCCCAAGCCAUAGAGCCUCCCCAGCCGACCACCGGGGUCCGCCGCCCUCCGCCCUCCCCCUCCUCGGGGGUCGCGGAGGAACGCGUCCCCACCGCCCUUCCACGGCCGCCGCUGCUCAUCAAGCACAAGUCGUGGUCCCCGGACGCCUACCGCGACGAGGCGUGGACGAGGCAGAAGGAGAACCACGACCGCCGCGGACGGCGGAGCAAGAGCGUGACGGACGAGGACCUCGUCGAGCUGAGGGCGUGCAUCGAGCUUGGAUUCGGGUUCGACUCGCCGGAUACGGAUCACGGGCUGUCGGAUACCUUGCCCGCUUUGGGACUCUACUACGCCGUUAACAAGCAGUACUACGACACCGUUUCGAAGUCUUCGUCUUCUUUGGGUUCAUUGACGUCGUCGGAGUGCGACUCACCGUGUUCCAUGGGUAGCCCCCACACAAUAUUCGGCCCAGGUGAAAAUCCACAGACGAUGAAGACGAGGUUGAGACAAUGGGCACAGGUGGUGGCUUGUUCGUUGCGCCAAUCUCCUCGCUGACUCUCUCUCUCUCUCUCUCUCUCUCUCUCAUAUGCAUAUAUCUAUCUCCAUCUUUUCUAGCACUUGUUAGAGAGUAUCUAAUGGAGUAAUACAGAUAGGAGAAAUGGGUUGUUGGAUGAAAGCAAGCUCUGUAGUACCAAAAGGAACCAAACGCCAACCGACUUCGUUGAUGCGAAUAUUAUCAUGUGGGUGGUUGAGUAAUGAGUACCUCAGCAUAUUUUUUAAUUUAAAAAGGGAAAGAAAAGUCUGGUAGUGGUGUGAGAAUAGGCAUUUUUUUAAUUUAUUUUUGAUUGUUUCUUCGUUUGUUCUCUUAUGAGAGAUGAUGAUACUACGUACUGUGAUUCUAUCUUUUUACUCGGUUUGGGACUUUUUUUAGGUAGGAGUAGUAGAUUCCAGGUAUGAACUCUUGUGAAAAAUCAGAAGUCUUUAGCUAUUCUGUUUCUUUCCUUUCCUUUCCUCAAGAAAUGCGUUCAGAUUGAUUUAUUCUGUGGGGAUGGAGUCA